AUGGCUAAAACAAUAUUUACAACGAUUACACCUCUCCCUCCUAAUGUAUCCCGCCAAACCGUCCUCGACACCCUACACGAUCAUCUCGAAAUGAUCGAUCUCAAUCCAUCCCACGCCGAACGCACACCCACCAAGCCCCCUUCCUCUGCCAACCCUGAAGAAUAUCACUGUCAAUGGUAUCGCAUUACCGACCGAAUUGCCUAUCUACCCGGCAAUCUCUACACCGGUACCGUAUCCUUCAACGCCUGUUUCCACGAUUUGGCAAAUGGACUACAAACACAUUGCUAUGCGCCCAUGGGCUUAGACAUCAAGGAAAAAUGGACGAUCGAAGGAAACAUGCCUGGAGAACCAGCGGUUCCGAGAGAAAUCGGCAUUAAUGCGCCGGUGGAGGGAUUAUACAUCCGAGAAGAUGUAGAGAUGAAAUGCAACAUUCUGAUGACGAGAUUCGUGCGGAAAACCUUACAGGAAUGUUUGAAAGCGCUGGUGGCUCGAUUGGUAGUGAAAGCGCAGUUGCAAGAGGCGCAUGAGAGAAAUAGGAGAUUGACGGUUGGAAGCGCAAGUGCAUAUGAUAGGGAAGGUGGUACGAUGACGCCGCCCUUGAGUCCUCCAUUGAGGAGCCCUGGAAUGGCUUCGGGGGGUAGCGUUGGUAGGAGAGGAAGUGCAUAUAGUGGAUUGAGUGUCCCGACGAGUCCUCCAUUGACCCCUUACAAUCCUGAGAAAUGGGCCGAGGCGGGCAUGAAGGGCCACCCCGCUUUAAACCCGUACACACCGCUUCAAGUACAGCAGCAGCAACAGCAACAGCAAUUAUAUCAGAUGCAUCAUGAUAGAAAGAGUUACGGGGGACAAGAUCAGAGAUGGUCGGGCAUUAGUGAUAAGACACAAACCUCCUUGCCUGGUCCUCCGAACUAUGCGAAUAAGCCUGUCAACUACACACAUAAACCUACCAGGAUCUCCGAAAUGGAAGCGCCGCCCGGCCCGGUUGAAUUGCCGUAG